AUGUCAGAUAAAAUACAAGAAGGUGUUAAAAAUAUAGAUAUUAAAUCUACUGAUCAAGUUGUUACUCCAUGGGAAGUUGAAGGGGCCGUUGUUGAUGGUAAAGAUCAAGGUAUUGAUUAUGAUAAAUUAGUUCAACAAUUUGGUACUAGACAUAUCACAUCAGAAACUUUACAAAGAUUUAAAGAAAUCACUGGUCAAGAACCACAUCCAUUCUUGAAAAGAGGUAUUUUCUUUAGUGAAAGAGAUUUAGGAAAGAUCUUGGAUUUAUAUGAACAUGGUGAACCUUUCUUUUUAUAUACUGGUAGAGGUCCAUCAUCUGAUUCAAUUCAUUUAGGUCAUUUAGUUCCUUUUAUGUUUACUAAAUAUUUACAAGAUGUGUUUGAUGUUCCUUUAGUUAUUGAAUUAACUGAUGAUGAAAAAUUCUUAUUCAAACCUAAAUUAACCAUCGAUGAUGUUAAAAGAUUUGCCUUGGUUAAUGCUAAAGAUAUAAUAGCUGUUGGUUUUAAUCCUGAAAACACUUUUAUUUUCUCUGAUUUAGAAUACAUGGGAGGUUCAUUUUAUGAAAAUGUUGUUAGAACUUCAAGACAAAUUACUACUUCCACUGCCAAAGCAGUAUUUGGUUUCCAAGAUAGUGAUUGUAUAGGAAAAAUUCAUUUUGCUUCAAUUCAAAUUGCAACAGCUUUCCCAUCGUCGUUCCCUGAUGUUUUAGGAUUACCACCAAAAACUCCAUGUUUGAUUCCUUGUGCUAUUGAUCAAGAUCCUUAUUUCAGAGUUUGUAGAGAUGUUGCUGAUAAAUUGAAAUUUUCAAAGCCUGCUUUAAUUCAUGCUAAAUUCUUCCCUGCUUUACAAGGUGCUACCACCAAAAUGUCAGCUUCUGAUACUACUACUUCAAUCUUUAUGGAUGAUACACCAAAACAAAUUCAAAAGAAAAUUAAUAAAUAUGCAUUUUCUGGUGGUAGAGCUACAUUAGAAGAACAUAGAGAAUUAGGUGGUAACCCUGAAGUUGAUGUCGCUUAUCAAUAUAUGUCAUUUUUCAGUGAAGAUGAUGAAAAAUUACAAUCAUUGGCUGAAUCUUAUAGAAAAGGUGAUUUAUUAUCAAGUGAAAUGAAAAAAGAAUGUAUUGAAGUUAUUCAAGAAGUUGUAGGAAAUUAUCAAGAAAGAAGAGCUAAAGUUACUGAUGAAAUUGCCAAACAAUUCAUGACUCCUCAUAAAUUAUCUUUAUAUUCUAAAGAAAGAAAGGUCCCAGCAAAGGAAAGACCUUCAAAGUCUAAGAAAUAG